GCGCCGCCCGACGCAGCCCCGAGCCGAGCCGCCCCUCCCUCUCCCUCCCUCCGCCCAUCCCCCUUCUUCUCAGCGUGGACUCGUGAUCCUUCCGCCGCUUCCCUUCUUCAUUGACUCGGAAAAAAAAUCCCCGAGGAAAAUAGGAUAUUCAGAGUGCUUAUUUUCAAUCAAGUAUUUGCCCCCAUUUCACGUGAUAUAUUUUUUUAGGCCCCCCCCCCUUUUCUCCCCUCCAAGGCAAGGGAGGGGGAGAAACUGUAUUUUUUUUUUCCUAGCCCCCCAUCAGCUACAUUUUAACUCUCCGUCCAGCUCUGUCUUGAAGGCGAAAUAUAUACAUCGCUCGUUUUUUGUUUUUUUUUUUUGUUUUUUUUUAAUAGCUAUACAAAAAGGAGUGGAAAGCCAAGAGGACGAAGUCUUUUUGUUUUUCUUUUCUUUUUCUUUCUUUUUUUUUUUCCUGGUGGGAGAACUUAAUGCUGCAUUUAUCGUUAACCUAACACCCCACCAUACAACAAAAGGAAGAAAAGGAGGAAGGAAGGAAAAGAAGGUGAUUCGGAAAGAGAGUGAUCAUGUCAGGGCGGCCCAGAACCACCUCCUUUGCGGAGAGCUGCAAGCCGGUGCAGCAGCCCUCGGCUUUUGGCAGCAUGAAAGUUAGCAGAGAUAAGGAUGGCAGCAAGGUGACCACAGUGGUGGCAACUCCUGGGCAGGGUCCAGACAGGCCACAAGAAGUCAGCUAUACAGACACUAAAGUAAUUGGAAAUGGGUCAUUUGGUGUGGUAUAUCAGGCCAAACUUUGUGAUUCAGGAGAACUGGUUGCCAUCAAGAAAGUAUUGCAGGACAAGAGAUUUAAGAACCGUGAACUUCAGAUCAUGAGAAAGCUAGAUCACUGUAACAUAGUCCGAUUGCGCUACUUCUUCUACUCAAGUGGUGAGAAGAAAGAUGAGGUCUAUCUUAAUCUGGUGCUGGACUAUGUUCCGGAAACAGUAUACAGAGUUGCCAGACAGUAUAGUCGAGCCAAACAGACGCUCCCUGUGAUCUAUGUCAAGUUGUAUAUGUAUCAGCUAUUUCGAAGUUUAGCCUAUAUCCAUUCCUUUGGAAUCUGCCAUCGGGAUAUUAAACCACAGAACCUCUUGUUGGAUCCUGAUACAGCUGUCUUAAAACUCUGUGACUUUGGAAGCGCAAAGCAGCUGGUCCGAGGAGAACCCAAUGUUUCGUAUAUCUGUUCUCGGUACUAUAGGGCACCAGAGUUGAUCUUUGGAGCCACUGAUUAUACCUCUAGUAUAGAUGUAUGGUCUGCAGGCUGUGUGUUGGCUGAGCUGUUGCUAGGACAACCAAUAUUUCCAGGGGACAGUGGUGUGGAUCAAUUGGUGGAAAUUAUCAAGGUCCUGGGCACACCAACAAGGGAGCAAAUUCGAGAAAUGAACCCAAACUACACAGAAUUCAAAUUCCCUCAAAUAAAGGCACAUCCUUGGACUAAGGAUUCGUCAGGAACAGGACAUUUCACCUCAGGAGUGCGGGUCUUCAGACCCCGAACUCCACCAGAAGCAAUUGCACUGUGUAGCCGUCUCCUGGAAUAUACACCAACUGCCCGAUUGACACCACUGGAAGCUUGUGCACAUUCAUUUUUUGAUGAAUUACGGGACCCAAAUGUCAAACUACCUAAUGGACGAGACACACCUGCACUCUUCAACUUCACCACUCAAGAACUGUCAAGUAAUCCACCUCUAGCUACCAUCCUUAUUCCUCCUCAUGCGAGGAUUCAAGCAGCUGCUUCAACCCCUACAAAUGCCACAGCAGCCUCAGAUGCUAAUGCCGGAGACCGUGGACAGACCAAUAAUGCCGCUUCUGCAUCAGCUUCCAACUCCACCUGAACAGUCCCAAGCAGCCAGCUGCACAGGAAAAACCACCAGUUACUUGAGUGUCACUCAGCAACACUGGUCACGUUUGGAAAGAAAAUUAAAAAAGAGACAAAGAAACCUAUUCAUUUUAGUGUUCAAUUUUUUUAUUAUUGUUGUUGUUCUUAUUUAACCUUGUAAAAUAUCUAUAAAUACAAACCAAUUUCAUUGUAUUCUCACUUUGAGGGAG